UGGAUUUGACCCUGCAAUGAAGAUUCCAUUAUGUUUAAGUUGCAGAUGAAGAUUAGACUGUUCUUCACUCACUCUUUAAGCUCGAAUUCGAACAUGACGACCGUACGGAUGAUAGAUAUAGCAGUCAACUUCACAGAUGGAAUGUUUAAAGGAAUGUAUAAUGGAAAACAAUGCCAUGUUGCGGAUAUAGCCACGGUUUUGAGCAGAGCUUGGAGGGCUGGCGUUGACCGCAUAAUUGUUACUGGUGGUUCGCUUGAGGAGUCAAGGGAAGCUCUUGCCAUUGCCGAAACCGAUGGAAGGCUUUUUUGUACGGUUGGAGUGCAUCCUACGAGGUGCAAGGAGUUUGAAGAGAGUGGAGACCCGGAUAAGCAUUUUCAGGCUCUUUUGUCAUUAGCUCAAGAGGGGAUAGAGAAAGGGAAGGUGGUUGCGAUUGGUGAAUGUGGACUAGACUAUGAUAGGCUUUUCUUUUGCCCUGCAGAGGUUCAAAAGAAGUAUUUUGAGAAGCAGUUUGAAUUGGCACAUGCCACAAAGCUACCCAUGUUUCUUCAUAUGCGUGCGGCUGCUGAUGAUUUCUGUAAAAUUGUGGAGAGAAAUAAAGACAGGUUCACUUCUGGGGUCACCCAUUCAUUUACUGAUAGUGCAGAAGACAGAGACAAACUUCUUUCCUUUAAGAAUAUGUAUAUAGGUGUAAAUGGUUGCUCUCUCAAAACAAAAGAAAAUCUUGAUGUUGUGAGGGACAUUCCAAUAGAGAGACUAAUGAUUGAGACGGAUUCGCCAUAUUGUGAUAUUAGGAGCACUCAUGCUGGAAAUACUUUUGUCAAGUCCAUUUGGCCUUCUAAAAAGAAGGAGAAGUAUGAAGAAGAAAGCCUUGUCAAAGGCCGCAAUGAACCCUGUUUAGUUCGGCAAGUUCUUGAGGUUGUGGCUGGUUGUAAAGGUAUCAGUGACAUAGAGCAGCUGAGCAGGACAAUAUAUCACAAUACUUGCAGGGUUUUCUUCCCCCAGGAUCUUGAUUCUGCAGCAGAUGCCCUUCUUUCAUCAGGGCACAAUCCAUAGCCAGCUAAUUAUUAUUAGCUCCCGUAAUUUCAAAAUCUUGAUGCCAAAGACACUCAUCAUUAUUAUUGAGUAUGCCAUGAGUCAGCUUUUUCCCGUAUAGAAGAUUCUUCAUUAAAAUGAAAUCUCUCUCUGAAUUGCUCAGGUUAUACUUGCAUAUUGUAUUGUAUUGUAUUGCUAACCAAGUUCAGUUCUAGAAACUCGCAAGCGGGAUCAACAUCACUCCAAAAUAAAUAAGUCGAUUUGAAUUGA